UUGGCAGCACUGACUGGAACCCAAAUCCUGCUCAUUAAAAUAACAAAACCUGUGAUCCCGCCGCCUCUGAUUGAGCUUUAUAAAACUGGCCCUAGCCUUGUUCCCAUGAGCAUUACAGUGAAGACCCUCCGGACCUCUACACAACAUGGGCAAGAUCAUCUUCUACGAGGACAAGAAUUUCCAGGGGCGGUCCUAUGAGUGUGACACUGACUGCCCCGACAUGAACCCCCACUUCAGCCGCUGCAACUCCAUCCGCGUGGACAGCGGCUGCUGGGUGCUGUACGAGCGCCCCAACUACUCAGGGUACCAGUACGUGCUUACCCGAGGAGAGUACCCCGAAUAUCAGCGCUGGAUGGGCUACAAUGACUCCAUCCGCUCCUGCCGCACCUUCUCUUAUACCAGCGGUGGGCCCUACCGCAUGCGCAUCUAUGAAAGGCCGGACUUCCAGGGCCAGAUGAUGGAGUUCAAUGAGGACUGUGAGUCGGUCCAGGACCGGUUUCGCAACCGUGACAUCUACUCCUGCAAUGUGAUGGACGGCUACUGGACCUUCUACGAGCACCCCAGCUAUAGGGGGCGCCAGUACUUCUUGAGGCCUGGCGAAUACAGGAAGUUCAGCGACUGGGGCGCUACCUGCGCCACCACAGGCUCCUUCCGCAGGAUCACCGAUUUUUAACCCGCCCCCCCACCAGCCCCAGUACCUUUCUUCUUCCCCUAUUUGCUGCCUCAUCAAUAAAAGGAGAUUCUAAAUA